AUGCUGGUAACCUAUUUGGAAGCCAGCCGGGACCUUUGCGAGACGAACUCAAUUCUUUUUGGCGCCGCAGUGGCAGCGUGCCGUAUUAUUAGCGCCAAAAUUCCCAUUGCUGGACGCGCUACUAAACAAAGUAGCGCCAUCCCAGCCUGGAGAAAAAUAAUUGAAGACCGUAUCGCAAAGGCAAGGGCCCUUAUCAGCAGUCUGAAAAACUUCAGGUUGGGUAAUAAUAGUCCAACGGUUGUGCGCACCGUUAGAAUGGCGUUUGCUUGGACAAAUAUUAUUUUGUCCCAGCCGGAUAUCACGCAGAAACUAAUGGAGUGCAUAGACGACCCGAAGCAAAAGAUCGCUGCUUGGGGGAAGCGGAUUAGACGAUUUACCGAAAGGUCAAGGCGAUUCAACCAGAAUAGUCUCUUCCAUAGUGAUCAGAAGAGGCUCUAUAAAUCAUUGGAGCGACCAAAGUUAUGUGGAGUGGGCCCAGGAUCGAACCAGGCGUGGCCUGUGGUCAGAACCCGUAAACCACAGUGA